GAUCGCGGCUGGAACCAGGUCUUUCAAGCGGCCCUGCACUUCUACCUGGCUCUCAACAUCUUGUUUUGCUUCCCUGAGCUAUGGGAUCCAACAUCCCGCGAGGCACGCAAUAAGAAAAAGUCUGAGGAGUAUCGUGGAACGCUCAUGUACCAGAAAACUGUCCGGACCUGGACUCUAGAAGGAUCGAACAACGAGGUCCCCCGCUAUCCCCACCGCCAAUUCUUCGGACUCGAAGAUCAUUUCCAUCAGUCAGCGUUCCUGAAUUGCAGCACAGUGGCCGGAUUCCAACCCGAUGUGACGGAUACUGCGCGCGUCGAGCUGUAUCUGCGGAUGAAAGGAUUGCCGCAGGAACUGGUCUGGCAGAUCACCGCGCUAGCAGAUUACGACUCUCAGCGACCGCGGCGACUCCCCAUCCCGCAUGAUCCACUCCACCGAGACAAUCACAGGGCACUGCGACAGUAUUUGACGUUCUGCUGGCAGAUUAUGGUUCGAUGCAACAUGCUGGCACAGGAGGUGGGGAUUGAAAUCAACUGGGUCUCUGAGGUUGUGCAUGCCCUCCAAGAUAUGGCAUCGGCCCCGGGGAGGCCUCUCUUCACAAGCAAAUGGGACGAAUCUUUCGAUUAUAGGCUGGCUACGAUGCAAGGGGGGAGUGGAGAACUCCCCUACACCUUCCGAUACCGCUAG